AUGGUCAAAAUAAAGACAAUAUCAAGAGAUGACGAUACUCACACUCGUCAGACAAGUUAUGAAACUACAAGACACUUUUCCGAUCCAAAUCCGGAACUUAUUCAUCGUUUUGAAAAACCAAGAGAAUAUAUGAGAGCUAUGAAUGCUGCCAAGAUUGAUAAUAUUUAUGCUAAACCUUUUCUUGCAGAUUUAUCUGGACAUGCUGAUACACCAACAACUAUUUGUACAGAUCCUAAUUCACUUAUUCACAUUCUUUCGGGAAGUUGUGAUGGGCAAAUUCGUGUUUGGGAUUUGACUGAACGUAAAACAAUUUAUGCAAUUGAUAGAGCUCACAAUGGAUUUGUUAAUGGAAUUGUUAUUCCACCAUAUAGACAUUCAUCUGAUUCAUCAGAAAAUUCAUAUUAUUUCUCUGUAGGAACUGAUAAACAUUUGAAACGAUGGGAAUUGAAUUUGAAAGUUGCUAAUGUAAAUGCUUUCCAAGCAAGUACACAAUUAGGAAGUAUUGGAUACACAACAGCUGAUUAUAUUGGAAAAUCAAAUAGUGGUGUGAAAUUACCAUCAUAUGCAACGCCUUUACAAGAUGUUGUGGCACAUAAUGCUUUACUCUGUAUUGACCAUCACUAUUCUGAUCCUAUUGUAGUUACUAGUGGUCACGAAUAUAUUCACAUUUGGGAUUGUUCUGGACAUUCUUCAUCUAGUUUAAUUCCUGGAGGUACAUCGAGAUUGAUCUGUAAACAAGAAUAUGAACUUUCAACAUCUACUGAAACUAUUUACAGUGUUAAAUUUAAUAAGGUUGAAAAGAAUUUGAUUGCUUAUUGUGCCAGAGAUAGAACUGUUGGUUUAUAUGAUAUGAGAACUAAUCAAAUGAUUCGUGCUGUGACAAUGCAAACUAAAUCAAAUAAGGUUUGUUGGAAUCCAAUGAAUCCAUUCCAUUUCUCUGCUGCCAAUGAAGAUGGUAAUGUAUAUACUUUUGAUAUGAGAAUUUUAGAAAAGGGACCAUUGAUGAUGCAUUCUGGUCACAUUAAUGCAGUUUUGGAUGUUGACUAUAAUCCUUCAGGUACAGAAAUUGUAACUGCUGGUUAUGAUAAGUCCGUUCGUAUUUUCAAAACAGAUAGUACAAGUUAUAAGGCUCGUGAAGUUUAUCACACAAAGAGAAUGCAACGUGUAUUCACUGUUAAAUAUUCUGGUGAUGGUAGAUAUAUUUAUAGUGGAAGUGACGAUCAAUCUAUUCGUAUUUGGAAGAAUGAAAGAAGUGCUCCACUCAGAGGAGGUGGUUUAUCAAAGAAGGAACAAGCACAAAUUGAAUACAACCAAAAGCUUAUUGAACGUUACAAGAAUGUUGAAGAUGUCAGAAAGAUUGCCGCACACAGACAUUUACCUCACAGAAUCAAGACUCAAUCAAAGGAAAUGCAAAAGGAACGUGAAGCAGAAGAAAGAAGAGAAAAGGUCAGAGAAAGAUUCACAAAGAAGAAGGAUGAUAAGAAGAACUCAAUGUCUGCCAAGAUUGAAAAGGUCAAGACAAUGAGAAAGAGAUUCUUAAAGGUUAACGAGUAA